AGCGAGUAAGCCGGGUGCCGCGAGCAGGGUGGUGGGAGCAGCCUCUGUUUUAUUUCUGUCUCGAUGCUUGUCUGCACCGGGGCCAGGAACGGACGAGAUCUCGUCGGUUCUCCAACGUCUGCUUAGUCAGUUGCUCGGGGCGGUUUUCUCGUCGGGCCACGAAAGUGUCCUCCUCGUUUCGGCCACGAUGGAGGACAGCUACACGGUGCACAGACGCCGGAAGGCGGCGGCGAGAAAGCGCGAGAAGACGCCGGACCCGUCGACGAGGAACCAGCUGGUGGAGACCACGGAUGAUGAAGAGGACGCCAGGCGCGCCAGAAUGGAGAAGAUGGCGGAUGACGCCGAGCAAGAGGAGCAAGACAAGCAAGAGAAGCAAGAGCUGAUCAAGGAAGAUGAACGACGCGAGGAAGAUAGGAAGGAGGAGGAACUGAAGAAGCUGAAGGACGAGAAGAAGCGGGACCUGGAGAAGGAGAAGAGUCCUGCGAGGCCGCAAGCGCGCGAGAGUGUCGAAGAGUCCCGGCCGGUAAAGAAGGAGGAAGCUCCAGAGCUGCCGGUGCCAGAGAAACAUCAGGAGGACCUACCGAGGACCAAGGAGGUUGAUGCUGACACAGACCAACCUGUGGAGCCGAGGAAGGUGGAGAGAAGGCUGAAGAAAAAGUCAAGGGAGAGGGCGGAGCGGCACGAGCACAGCACCGACUCCAGCGACUUGGACGACCAGCUGGAGAAGCAUUCGAGGAGGACCAAGUCGCCGGAAGCCGGUAAGAUCAGAGUGAAGAAGACCAGUGCCAGGAAGGUCGCCAGCGAACAGGCUGACGCGAAGAAAGAUACAAUUGAGAAACCGCCCAGAGAAAAGAGAUCGAGUAAACAGAAGGUUGAAGAGGCGGAGGGUCAGCCCAAGCAGGAGCAGAGGCGAUCCAGAGGAUACAGUCAGACCGACGACACCGACGAGGACUCGAAAAUGAAGAAAAGCGAGACGUUCCCUGUGCAGGCGAAAGAAGUGGUCAUCAAGAGGUCCGCGACGGACUUAAAGAAGCAGAUCAUACCUCUGAGCAACGAUUCACUGAUCGAGGACUUCGCCAAGGCUCAGAGGGAGUACCUGAAGAGAGAGCAGAGCAUCCUCGACCCUGACACGCCGGACGUGUUCGAGGAUGCUCAAGAUGAGACCAUAAUGAGACGCAGGAAGUUCAGUGUGCCCUUGAGUGAGAGCGAACAAAAAAAGAUAGAAGAAUCGAUAGAGAAGAUGGUGAUUCCUGAAGAGAAAAAGUCCUGGUACUCCUGGGUGCCUUUCUUCGGGAGGAAAAAGAAAGAAGAGAAGCCGGAGGACUCGAUGGACUCCAUUCCUGAAGACUUAGAGCCUCCAGUGUCUUCCGAGCCAAUCGCUCCAGAAUUAAGACCUGAAGAGGAGGUCACAGGGAAGGUGACCUUCAUGGACUUCCUCAGGGCUCUCGGAGACGUGGUGUCCGAGUUUAAGGCGUUCGUCGCCCAGAAUCCAACCGAGGUUCAGAUCAUGAGAGACUUGAGAAGCCGGUGUCUGUCGCAGCUGCUCCUCGUGAUCAUCUACUGCGGUCUCGGCGCUUUCGUCUUCCGAUUCACUGAAGGCGCGUUCGAGGCGUUCUACAAGUGUGGAGUAAAGAGAGUGAAGAGGGACUUUCUGGACAGUUUGUGGAGCUACAGCCACAACAUGAGGGAGGACGACUGGAAGAGCAUGGCCAGGAAGAAGCUCAUGGAGUUCGAGGAACAGCUGCACGCUGCCCAUGAAGCCGGCGUGCAGUCUUAUAGCGGGCAAAAGAGCUGGACUUUCCUGAACGCUGUCGUGUACUGUCUGACGGUGAUCACGACUAUCGGAUACGGUCACAUUUCGCCGAGUACGAACACUGGUAGAGCGAUCACGAUUGUGUAUGCCAUCUUCGGAAUACCGAUGUUCCUGAUCAUCCUGGCUGACUUCGGUAAACUGUUCACCAGGGGCAUCAAGUUUCUAUGGGCGUUCGUCAGGAGAUUGUACUAUACGGGAAGCUGCCGGAAAGUUCGGGGUACCGUACCUGUUCAGGAAGUGAUGAAAGGCGUCCAACUGGUCUAUGACCUAGCGACCUUCAAGAGGCCGUCGCAGAUAAACCCCGAAGACAUCGAGGAGAUGCAGAAACAAGCGCAACAACCGCAAACAGUCUUGAACCUGGACGCAAACGCACCGGACACACCGGGAACACCGGCCAUGUCGACUUUCGCCAUCGACGACGAGUUCAAUCUACCGAUCUCGGUGGCCAUCUUCAUCCUCUUAGGCUACAUCUUCAUCGGUGCCACCCUGUUCUGCCUGUCGGAGGGCUGGGGUUUCUUCGAGAGCUUCUACUUCGUCUUCAUCUCCAUGAGCACAAUCGGCUUCGGCGAUUACGUGCCAAAGACGCAUCCCAUAUACAUGAUGUGUUCGAUAAUAUACCUGGUGUUCGGGCUGGCUCUGACGUCCAUGUGCAUCAACGUGGUACAGGUGAUGCUAUCGGACUCGUUCAGACAAGCAAGCCAGAAAAUCGGCGCGACGAUCGGCUUCGCAUUUGCUGAGGAGGAUAGAUCCGUGAAUCCAGCUGUCCCGACACCUGUAGAAGUCGCCGAAGUGCACAGUCCUGUCAAGGAGACCGACAGCGCAGAAAAAAUAGCGCCCAAGGCCAAGCAAGAAGACGUAGAUUUGUAGACGACUCGAAUCAAGCAACCGCGAUAACGAGAAUCAGUGUUGUUAAAGACAUUUAUCGGCCUUAAAACAUAAUCGUCCGCACGUUUGACGGACCAGCCCAACGAUAGAUCCAGAUACAAAACUAUAAACGGUACUAAAAUCGCUACUUGAACUUCGAUUACUUUUCCACGGCAAUUCUUUUCUUCAAAGAUGCAUGGACUCUGCGGGCUGGUUCAAUUAUUGCGCCACUCGCGCGAUUAGGCUAAAGCUGCGUGCACACUGGAGUGCUUGUAGCGAGGUGCAGGAACCGUACUCAAUUAAUUAAGUAUAGAUUUAUGGCAAAGUUCUUAUAUUGCUCUUAGCUCCAUGAACGAUCGAAUCGUAUUGAAGAUAAGGUAUCGCAGAUAAAUCUUCUGAGCAAGCUGCCAACCAUGCCCAAUGCACAAGCUUGUAAGGCCCAGUAUGCACGCAGCCCAAAGCUUCCUCAACUCUUAUAACUCCGCUGUAAGCGCACCUCAUAAAAAUAUUCCUUUAUGUCUGGUACGAGACCAGCUUUGGAACGUUUUUCUUAUCGUUUGAAGUCGAUUUAAUAAGCGGCGAUUGUCAGCUGCUUGUCGAUUACAUAGAUCACAGGUGACUAAGCUUCCUUUUAGCCGGACGAACUCGAAGCUUACGUCUCCAAGCUUGUGCGCACACAGCUUUGGAUUGUUCAGGUGAACAGUAUUGUACACGAACAAUCAGUUAUCACAGAAACGGAGCUAAACGAGCAUUUUAGCGAGGAACAGAUUUAUCAGAGAGAGAAAUACACUCGGUCGGUGCUGAAUCUAACUGAUCGAUGCGAUCUUGGCCUGCAGAUUAUGCGAUUUUACCCUUACUUUUGUAAAACAGAAUUUGAAGUCAUACAGCCUACUAUGCACCUGGCCGAGUUUAAAAGCUUAUUUUCAGGGUCUGCCUAAUAUUAAUAAAUAGAAUCUGUUUGUUUCGAAGCUUACCAGGUGUAUCUAGACUUUUGUGACUGAAAAGGAUAGUGGCUCACGUGAUUUCUUCUGGAUAAUCAUGCAAAGUCCUUUGAAAUAAAUUCUAGAAAAUCAUAGAAGAUUCAGGUUAGUGACCGAAACAUAUUUUCAACGGUCUAAUGAAGGAGGAAAAUAUUUGUUUGCCGACGACGAGGAAGGCAUUACGACCCCGUUGCCAAACGAUUGCGGGCCAGACACGGGUCCUACCGUGGUCCAGUGUCUACCGACAAUAAACCCACCGAAACUCGUAUUUUGUAUAUUUUCUAGAUCGUGUCGCUGUCCGUGCUACCAUUCGAUUUUCGUUUUUAAGUUCUUUUUAUAUUUCUGCAUGGUGAAGCUUCACGCAAACACGGUUGUAUGAGUGAAUGUCCUACAAUGAUUAGCUUCCGGUUCGUAAACUCCAGGUUCGUUUUCCAGGGACGGGCGAAUAUUUUGUUCACAACAAAUACAAGAUGACUGAUUCCUUAAUGCGAAAUACGAGUUGCAAUCGUGCAAUUGAACGAACAACUUUGUAGCGUUGAUUAGUGCUUGAACAAAACGUCGCCCGUCUUUCGCACGAACCUUUCGGUUACAAUCGCGUGAUUUUAUUGUUUAACAAACCCUCCAGUUGUAUUCGAAAGGCAUACGUAACAGAUAUGUAUUUUCAUGGUAUAUAUACCUAUGUAUAGGUAAUUGGUGAGUCAUAAUUCAGACAGCAUUUUCCAAUCUACGGUUAAAAAUAGGUAGGAAGGAUUGCUCGAAAUAGCUGUAUAAUGUGCAGAGUGGUCCAAUAAUGAUUAUUACCCGUAUUCCGUAUAUCGUGAGCGUUCUAAUAUAUGUAAAUAACCGGAAGGCUGUCGUAAGCUUCGCCAACUUUCCUAAAUGGAUUAUUAUCUGCGAUUCGAUGAGAGUGUGAGAGGUAGUUUUUCGUAUGGACCGUCCUGAAAUGCUAUGUUCGAGAAGCUCAAAUUUUGUCUUGACUAUAAAUGUAUAUCUCCAGCUGAGAAAUCGUCGGAUAACGAUUAGAUUUGAUGCAAUAGAACAUGAUUGGAGAACGCUGUUGCUGAUUAAAAGAAAACGUAUGUUCGUCGAUAGAGCUGGAGCGUCGAUAGAAUUUUCCCGACGCGGAAACAGGAAAGAAACUUGUGCCUUUGUAAGAAUGAACUGUGUUAACUAUUUAAAUUUUAUCGAAUAUGAUCACGAUUCCCUUGUGCGUACGCAAUGACAGAGAAAUUACGACAAAAAGGAAAGAACAAUAUGGCGCACACUCGUUGCUACUCAAGCAGCAAAACCAUACUUCUUUCUUCCUAUUUUGAACAGAACAAAAGAUGAAAGGAAGAGGCAAAUCGCUUAAUGUCUAUAAAACGUCUCUGCAACUUUAUCGCGCAUUAGGAGUCCACGUGAACGAAGAACGAAAGACGGGUGACCGGUGGAUCACCAAAAACUUGUUAUUAUUACUAUAAUAAUAAUAAUAAUAAUAAUAAUAAUAAUAAUAA